AUGACGCUCCCAGCAGAAGUCGACGUCCUUGUCGUUGGCGCUGGUCCGACGGGCCUCACCUGCGCCUCCUCAAUUCUCACUCAUGGAGUUCCUGUGAACCGUAUGGCUAUAGUCGACGCACCGGAUGCUGGCAACAUGAUCUACUCCCGAGCCCUUGUCGUGCAUUCCAAGACGCUGGAGGCGAUGGAGAAGAUUGGCUGUACGGAAGGCGUAGUGGCCGCCGGCCAUCCGCACCAACUUUUUCACUUCAAUAGCCUCUCUUCUCCCAACGGCCCUCUCAUAACGUUAAAGGCCUCGCUCCUCCAGCCCUGGACGAAGUACGCCUUCUUCCUUGUCAUAGCACAAUGCGAUACCGAGCGCGUGCUGAUGGGUCGAUUGAAGGAGCUGUUGGGGGAGGAAGAUAUUAGGUGGGGAAAGAGGGUGGUGGAUGUAAGGGAGACGGAGGAAGGGUGGAAGGUUGCUUCGUUCGAAGAUGGGCAGCAGGUAAGGGCGCGAUAUGUUGUAGGUGCUGACGGCGGGCAUUCUGUAGUGCGACAAUCAGCCGGUAUCGCCUUCCCCGAUCCAUACAACCACACCGCCCAAUCCACCCCCGAACCAGCAGACAUCGACCACCCGAGCAAAGCGGAUGAGGUAUUCUGCCUUGCAGACGUUCGGAUCACCUCCCCGAUCUCUUCAGGGAACGUAGAAGAGUUCAACGCUUACCUCACUCCGUCUGGUGUGGCCCUUUGGAUACCCCUGGGAGACGGUGUGUACCGGAUGGGGGGGCAGGUCCUCUCUGGUUCUGCCCCAAAAGAACCAGACCAAGCCUACCUUCAACAGCUCCUCUCCGAAAGGAUACUCAUCGCUUCCGGAGCGACCAUCACGGAAGUGCUCUGGAGCAGCAGGUUUCAUAUCAAGUUCCGUCUGGCGGAGAGGUACUGGGUAGAGCAUCUCCCUGGGACGGCGGUGCAGAGGGACGGGAAGACGGGGGUGAUCUUAGUUGGGGACGCAGCGCACGUGCAUUCACCGAUGGGCAAGUGCCUCGGGAUGAACCUCGGUAUCAGGGACUCGAUCACACUCGGACAAGCGCUCUCCCACGCCCUCUCUCCCGCCGUCAGCCCGACCGAAGCUCGCACCCUCCUCACCCGCUGGGCAAGAGACCGGCACACCGAAGGUUCGCACGUUAUAGCCCUCUCUGGGAGGCUGACAUGGGUCAGCAUCUGGGGCUCUGCGUUGGGAGCGUGGACGCAGAAAGCGCGGGAUUGGCUCCUUUGGGGAGUCGUGAGAGUGCCGGGAGUUAUGAGGGUGAUGGUUUGGAAUUUGAGCGGACUGGGAGAGAAGGAUACGUUGUAUUAA